UUAAAAAUAAAAAACUAACCAAUGUAUCUCACAAUUCACAUUCACUUGCAGCCUAUUGGAUGAAAUGAAUGGAACAGAAACAUCCUCAAUCCUUACGAUUUUAUAUGAUUAAUUAAUUAAUAUCAAAUCACAUUUACAUACUUAUUAGUGGUUCAUAUAUAUUUAAAAUGCACAAGAAAGAAACACCACUGUUGUUGAGAUGCGGUUUUUGCUGCAAAAAAGGCUGCUCUAUCCAUUCCAUCCAAGAUGUCCUCCAACACAAAGCUGGACUACACCCAAAACCCUACAUACCGCAGUUCAUCAACAACUGGUUUGCACUUCACAACAAUUACACCUCUCACUGCAUCUGCAUGCACCCCAAACCCUUCAAAUCCAUCCCCCAUAAAUGGCUUCUCUCAUCUUCUUCAAGCUUCCAAAUCUCAACCUCCCAAACUACAUGCAACAACAACAGAAACAACAACACUUGCUACUUUACAAUCCAAAUGUCACAUUCUAGCAGUAGCAGUAGUACUAGCAAUGUGUCAGCUCAUCCUGACCUCCCUUCUGCUCGAGGAUCGGGGCGACACCCCAUUUAUCGAGGAGUGAGGCGUAGGAGGAGUAGUGGGAAAUGGGUUUCCGAAAUCCGGGAGCCAAGGUCACCUAACCGGAUUUGGCUCGGAACAUUUCCCACACCAGAAAUGGCUGCAGUGGCCUAUGAUGUGGCUGCACUGGCUCUUAAGGGUCAAGACGCCGAGCUCAACUUCCCAAACUCAGCUUCUUCUUUUCCCGUUCCUACCUCUACUUCGCCUCGUGACAUUCAGGUGGCUGCAGCCAGUGCAGCCGCUGCUGCUGGGGCUGCUAGGGAUGCUCUGUCUGGGUCUCAAAUUGAGAGGACUGAAAAUCCUACUGGACCGGAGACUCAAAGGGAGAAUGACUUUGUUGAUGAGGAUAUGAUCUUUGAUAUGCCUAAUGUUCUUGUGAAUAUGGCUGAAGGGAUGCUUCUUAGCCCUCCACGCCUUGGUGAUGAUGACGAGACUGAUCAUGACACUGGAGCUGAAAAUACAGGAGAUCAGAAUCUGUGGAAAUUCCCUUAAAUCCAUCAAAUAUAUAUAUAUAUUUAUCUAUAAAUAGUAACAUUAUCUUUAAUAGUUUCUGCCAACCAAUUAGUAAAAGAUUAUAUAUACAUACAUAUGUGAUAUGCAUAAGAGUCUGGCUUAAAAUGCCGGAUGAGAGCAUCGAAUGUGAGUACCUAUGAGUGGUUUGUUUUUUUAUUUUUUGUAAAAAACAAAAAUUUGUGUCCUGGUUUGUUGUUAUUUCAGUUCUAGUAGUUACUGCUUAAACCAAUGUACAAGUAAAAGGAAACCUUUUUGAGAGUAUAUUGCUGAAGAAGGUAGGCCAAUCCAUUGCAACAGAGUAUGACACAGUGAAACCUAGGUCAUCCUUUUGUCAUAGAUGGAGGGAUCAAAUAGAAUCAGAUAAAACUCAUUUGGGUUUUCUUUUAAUUUGAGCUAUAUAUAUAUAUAUAUAUGAUUGGGUUUGCUUUGGGGUACACCAACCUAGUUCUUAUGAUG